UACGUACAAAGGCACGUUGGGUCGGAAUUGGCGGGUUGCUGGAGCGAUCGUGUAACGUUACCUUUUGUCUGACCAUCCAGAUAACCUCGAUAAAACAAUAGCAAACUCUUUCUCCAGUCGACAGAUUUCAAACGUUUGUCGACACUUAAAGCCGGUCUAGCUGCACUGAGUCACCUUAUUCGGUGUUAUUUCGCCCUUAAUUCGGUAAAUCACAGAAACUGUUGGUAGGUUUCUGAUCGGAUCCAGGUCAACAUGGAGAAGUGGCGAGCACGCUUCUGCAGCAUUAGCCAGCAGGCUAGGCGGUGUCUCGCUUUUAACGGCCGUUUUAGCACGGUUGACGCUGACCAGGAAGCGGAAGGUUUCACAGAGCCUCCGCCCCGUCGACGAGCAUGAGCCAACCUACAGACACCGCUAGUGAUGCUCCCAGCGUCACCGCAGACAGCAAGCUGGCGGCCACAGCUGGGAAGAAGCAGACCAAGAAGAAGAUGGAGGAGGUGGUAGAAGAGGAAGAGGAAGAAUAUGUGGUGGAGAAGGUUCUGGACAGACGUGUGGUGAAGGGCAGAGUGGAGUUCCUUCUCAAGUGGAAGGGCUUCUCGGAUGAAGACAACACAUGGGAACCAGAGGACAACCUGGACUGUCCUGAUCUCAUUGCAGAGUACAUGCAAAAACACAAGUUAAAUGAAAAGAAAGAGACUGUUGGAAAGAGGAAAGGAGAAUCUGACACAGAUGGUGGGGAAGACAGCCGGCCCAAAAAGAGGAAAGAUGAGCAAGAAAAGCUGAGGGGCUUUGCACGGGGAUUAGAGCCAGAACGCAUCAUUGGAGCCACAGAUUCCAGCGGCGAGCUCAUGUUUCUAAUGAAAUGGAAAAACUCUGACGAGGCAGAUCUUGUUCCAGCCAAAGAGGCCAAUGUGAAGUGCCCACAGGUGGUCAUCUCAUUCUAUGAAGAGCGACUAACAUGGCACUCUUACCCUUCUGAGGAAGAAGAGAAGAAAGAUGACAAGAACUAGGCCUGUGAGGGGGAACGAGAGAGGUGGCAAGUCAGGGGCAGUGUUAGACUAGUCUGGGUGGGUUGGGGGUACUAGGGCUAAUGGGCAGUUCAAAGACGGGAAAUCAGACACCCAAAAACUCUCUUACUCUCAAUGCCAUAAAACUUGGACUCAAAAUAUAUUCAGAGCAAGACAUGCAGACGUGGAGUCCUCUUUAGUGGGCAAAAGUGAAUGUUAGUAAGAAUGCUGACCACCGUAACACGGGAUCGCUGUAUUUCUUUACUUCUCUUUCUGUUGGAUUAUGGGAAAUGGGGGUAUAUAUAUAUAUGCUGCAGUAGUUGCUCAGUCAUUCCCAGAUCAUAAAAAGCUGGCCAACGUUUGAUGAGGUAUAUACUGAACGCAAUGGAUCCUGUGUGCACAUCCUUGUACCUUCUAUAUUUUUCUGAUGAGAGAUUUAAAAGCUAUUUCAGUCUAAAUCAGAACGUGUCACUGUGUAAUGUGCUGCCCUAAGUUAAAACAGUAAGUACACAACACUUAAAACUGUAAAACAAAUUGUCAUUUUGAGUGCAUUGUUUCAUUUGAUACGGAGCAUGGUUUGUUCAUAUCUCAGUUUUGAGUGUGUGUAGUUACGGUGUUUUGUCUUUGUUAAGCGGUAUGACCGAACUUCUUAAGCCUCCUUUUUCUUUUCCAUCUCAUUUGUUGAGACGUCAUUUGUGUAAAUACAUUCGUCAAAGCUGUUGUCACCUUAUCAGUGAGCAAAAUGCUGUGUAUUGCAGUUUUGCUGUUUUAGCAGUGUUUCUCGAUUUCUAUUCACCAUGUAUACAGUAUUCUUCUCAUCUUUUAUGUGGUCACCAUUUGAGGAUAUAUAUUGCGUAAAGAUAUAUUCACAAGGAGUUUUUUUUUUUUUAAAUAUAUAAUUCUAUUGUUUAGUAAACUGCAUUUCCCAUAAUCUCAUAUAAACCAUUUUUUAUUUUUACUUGUUAGAUAUCAGUUGCAUUACUGUGUGAAGAAGAUAUAUUCUCUUUAGAUCCCAGCUUCUCAGUCCGAUCUCUCAAGUUUUAUAGGCUGAUCAAGGUAUCACAUAAAUACUUCAGAAAACAUAGAGGAAAAGUCUGACACUUUGCUGCAUUACCCUCUUCUUCGGCGGUGCUCAAGGACUUAAAUAUACUACACAGCUUUAUGAGAUCAUUUUUAUCAUGAACCUACUGUAUGUAAAUGUGUAGUGAAGGUGAAAAUUGACCAUGCUACAGAUGAGGGCUUUUAGUACCUCGUUUGCACCAGCAUAAACAUGUCAAUGUUAGUUUUAAAAUGUUAAAAUAUCUUCAAAACUUUUUUAAAUUGGUUAAAAUAGUGCUAGGAUCACUGGAUACUGUUUUUCUCAAAAUAUGAUAUUGCAAGUGGCAUACACUUCUGCGUACUGGAGGAGACUGAAGUAUAGUUAGCUGUACACAAUCAGUAAUGUGACUGCAUGAUUUUCCUUUCUGAUGUCUGUUUUCUCUAGUGUACUAUUCAAAGCAUGUUACUUUCUUUCAUCUUCACUUUUUCAAUGUUUAUUUGUUCAUUAAAAUAACCCUUUCUUAUUCA